AGGAAGAGAGUUCAGUGCGUGGACAAAUAAUUUGUUUCCACUCGGAAUUUUUUGGUCCGUUAUUACAGUGAAUAUAGACACACGGCGUUUCUCCUCAAAACCUAGGUACUUGCUUGCUUUGAUGAUACCUCCAAGCUUUACUGUAGAGUCACAUGGGAGGAGGUAUGCAGGUGCAGUUUCUAUUCUGAUAGCAGCAGUUGUAGUGUUUCAAGUGAUCAAAAAAGAUAACACGAUGACUGGAAGUAUUGGAGCUUUGAGCCCGGGUGAUCCCAGUUCAUUUUCUAGACCUGAACAAGUAGCUGUGAAUCAUGUCCACUUGAACCUAAAAGUUGACUUUGAAAAGAAAAUUUUAGUCGGGGAAGCAAUCCUUAAUAUCACGCAGCUUGAUACGUCUGUUUCUUCCCUGAUAUUGGAUUCCAAUGAUUUGAAAAUUAGUAACGUGAUUGAUAACAACAGUGGAGCUAAGCUGAAGUACACUGUCUCCGAACCUGUGAUAACAUUAGGUAGUAAGUUGGAAAUAGAGCUUCCUGUCCUUCCUGACAACAAAGGAACAAUUCUAAUUGAGUACUCUACAAGUUCCUCAGCAAGUGGACUACAAUGGCUUUCUCCUGCAGAAACUGUAGGAAAAGUGCACCCGUACCUAUUCAGUCAGUGUCAGCCUUCGCAUUGCAGGUCGAUUGCUCCUCUUCAAGACUCCCCGUCCAUAAAAAUCACCUAUUCUGCCGAGCUAACUGUCCCAACCAAUUUAACUGCACUGAUGAGCGCUUUACCAGAUGGAGAACCUAAAGCUGUGAGUGACAGCUUAAGAAAGUUUUCAUUCAAGCAACCAGUACCCAUUCCAUCCUAUCUCAUUGCUAUUGCAGUCGGUAAUUUGGAGUCAAGAGAAGUUGGGCCGCGGUCUAAAGUAUGGAGUGAGCCAGAGAUGAUUGAAGCCUCUGCUUACGAAUUUGUCGAAACGGACAAAUUUUUGAAAACUGCCGAAGAUAUUUGUGGGCCGUAUGUAUGGAGCAUCUAUGAUCUUCUGGUCUUACCUCCUUCGUUUCCUUUUGGAGGCAUGGAAAAUCCUUGUCUAACAUUCGUUACACCUACAUUGUUGGCAGGUGACCGGUCUUUGGUCAGUGUGGUUGCUCAUGAAAUAGCUCACAGUUGGACUGGAAAUCUGGUAACGCAAAAGAACUUUGAGCAUUUCUGGUUAAAUGAAGGAUUCACCAUGUUUGUUGAGCGAAAAAUUUUGGGGCGAAUCGGUAACGAAGCUGAACGACAGUUUUCAGCACUUAGGGGACUGGAUGCCCUCCGCCAGUCGGUAGAGGACCUUGGACCAACCAGCCCUUUCACCAAGUUGGUUGUUGACUUAAAAGGCGUGGAUCCUGAUGAUGCGUUCUCCACAGUUCCCUACGAGAAAGGCCACACUUUUUUGUUUUAUUUGGAGAGUAUCCUGGGUGGGCCUUCUCAGUUUGAACCAUUUCUCAAGGCAUAUCUGGAUAAAUACAAGUACAAAUCUAUUGUCACAGACGACUUUCAAGACUUUCUCAAUCAGUAUUUUGCAGGAAAUCCAGCUCUGAAGCAGAUAAACUGGGAUGAGUGGUUGUACUCUGUUGGCAUGCCAAAAAUCAUUCCCGACUACGAUAAAUCAUUAUCCAAAGCCAGCACUGAUCUAGCAGAAAAAUGGAUAGAGUGGGAUGAAUCCAAACCUUGUCCUUUUGUGUCAGAAGAUUUGAAAUCUUUCUCAUACGGACAAACUGUUACGUUCUUAAAUACUCUUCUCAAUUCAAACCGUUUCUCAGUGUCGAAAGUCAAAAAGAUGGAAGAUGUUUAUGCAUUAAGUAGUGUCAAGAAUGCUGAGAUUAAAUUUAGGUGGUUAAGACUGUGCAUCAAAAAUCACUGGGAAGAGCAAGUAGACGCAGCUUUGAAGUUUAUCACAGACCAAGGAAGAAUGAAAUACGUACGCCCGAUCUACAGAGAUCUUUAUGCCUGGGAAGAAGUGAGAGAUAGAGCUAUCAAAAAUUUCCUUGCUAAUCCAAUAUAUGAUGCACGUAUCUGCGUUUACUGUGGCCAAAGACCUACACCUAAGAGAAUGAAAAUCUUCAUUCUCUUGCCCAUUCUUUGGCCUUCCGGAAAAAAUUAAAACCAGUGCUGUUAUGUGAUGGACUGAUGAACAUCACCUUACAUCAAAGAAACAAUCUGCUAGAAUAAUGUUGUUUCGUUAUAUUAAAGAAGGUACAUAGGAACCUUUGAUCAAAUUUUGCUCUUUUUAUACUUGUUGAUUAUAAAAUGAAUUUUUAAGGAAAUCGAAAAAUUCAGUUCAAGUUGUGAAUUUUAUAUUUCCCGGUUUUUCUUUCAUGCUGAAUAAAAAACUUAAUGCAUUAAUGGCA